AUGCCUGAUAUCGUGCCUAGGUGUACGGUAAAUGUGCCCUUCACGAAAGAGCAAAUAAAGGCAAUGUUUAGAGGAUGUGAUAGGGACAGAGACGGUCGCCUGAGCAAGGAAGAGCUCAACGCAGGCUUCCAACGCCUGGAUUCACAUCUCCCAUGCUGGCGAGCCUGGUGGGCACUCCAUCGCGCUGAUGCUAAUGGAGAUGGAUUCAUCAGCGAAGGCGAGUUGGAUGAUCUCGUUAAAUAUGCUUUCAAACAAGGAUACGAAAGUGAAAGAGAGCGUAAAAACAGAAUUGUAAAGGAAAGCAUGCCUGAUAUCGUGCCUAGGUGUAGGGUAAAUGUGCCCUUCACGAAAGAGCAAAUAAAGGCAACGUUUAGAGGAUGUGAUAGGGACAGAGACGGUCGCCUGAGCAAGGAAGAGCUCAACGCAGGCUUCCAACGCCUGGGUUCACAUCUCCCAUGCUGGCGAGCCUGGUGGGCACUCCAUCGCGCUGAUGCUAAUGGAGAUGGAUACAUCGGCGAAGGCGAGUUGGAUGAUCUCGUUAAAUAUGCUUUCAAACAAGGAUACAAAGUAAAGUAG